AGAUCCAGAUCACGCGAAAGAAUUCUCUGCAUUUCAAAAAGUCCUGUUGUGCUUCAAACUACAUCUGUACUGUUUACAUUUCGAAAACUUCUGUGAUUCAUCCUCUCCUGUUGCUUAUGCUAGCGGUCCUUGAAGUCGCAGUUUUGACACUUUCAUGUGCUUCUUUUUGCACUGGAGGCAAAUAAUCCAAUCUCUCUUCGCAAGUUGUACAAAAUGUCGAUGCAGCCAGGAGGCGAACCGUGUCCAAUUCAUUCAGAGGACUAUAUCAGCUGGAUGGAGAGCAGCUAUUUGAGAUUCAUGGAGCAACAGCAGCGAAAGCGGAGUGUCAACACAGAAUCUUACAAAAAAGCAACCAAGGCGAAUUCAGCCUCCACUGCUGCCCUUCUAAAGGAAUGCAAAAGCGCAGCGGAUGAAGGAAGAGGUUUAUGGAAUAUCUAUGAUUGGCAUCGCAAUUGCCGCAUCGCUGCGGGAGCUGGUUGGUUUUGCUCUAACCCACCCGCAUCCCAAGACGCUCUCGUGUGGCUGGCCAAUCCGGACCAUAAAAAGUCGAAGGAUGGUGCGGCGUCCUCGCAAACGCCUGGUAGAACGGCCGAAUUUUGGCAGGGUGGACCUCGUGUGAGGGCAGCGUUUUCAAAAGCAAAUGACGAGUGCAUCGUCACAACAAGCGAGAGUUUGAGCAAAUCGGUGUUGCAAGAGCAACUGCGUGUGUGGAUGGGCGUCGUGCGGAGGCAAAGCGGCCGGGUUUCGCCUGCACAUCUCCCGGUCGAGCUUUUUCUUAAGAUUAAAGAGUUCGUUCCGGACCCGGUCAACGCAGUCAUGCUCAACUCGCAGUUAUUUUCUGAGAUCGCAAUGAGAAAACGUGCGGAAGAUGUGGAAAACCUGCUUCAUAGUGCGGUAACCAACAUAUUCGAUUCGGUUGUUCACGUGGAAGCAGGGACAACGACAGCCCCGGGUCAGGUUUUCUGGAUCCGGGACCCGGAUAGGGUCCGAUUCCCAGGCAACACCCGUUUUGAAAUCGGGCUCGGAGACAGAAUCUACUCCAUCGAAGGCAAAACGAUGUGGCCGUCCGAAUAUGAGGACGCAGUGAUGGAGAGUGAGGCUUGGGCAGAGCAGCGGCAAAAGGAAAUUGAUGGAGGGAGUGCGUUUGUCCGUCUGCCCGGACCGGAAGCAAAGUACGCGAAUGUGAUGCCCCUGGUGCGGCGCUUCUUCGAAUCCAGGGGCCUGAAAUUCACGCAGGAUGGGGAGGACCUUUCAAGGUUUGAGGUCUCGUGGGCGUAACACAAGAUAGGGCAGCGGAGCAUCAUUCGCCUGCGUCCCGUGUAUCGCUGACCUUUAUCCCACUACCAGAAGAAGAUUUGAAGUAUGCAGAAGCGCGCUCGUUGUGUUUUAUGUAAGAAUCGGAGUCGCAGUCUGUCAGUGCAAGCUGGUCAGGGUCCGCUGCCACUGCGCGGCCUCUUGUUUU